AUGCUGCAAUGCUCCGGCCCAGCUUGCUACGCCUUGGUCAUUGACCUCGGCACUUUGUGCGACAAAAACAUAGCGAAGAAGAAGAUCUCCGGCACUCCAGGGUAUAUGGCGCCCGAAGUCUAUCCUCCAACACUCCAUGCAGGGAUUCCGUCCAACGAUGUCUGGGCCAUGGGGGUGACCUUAUUUCAGCUACUCUACAUGGCUUACCCUGAUUACACCAGCAUGUGGGGUGCCAAUAUCAAGGACCUGCUGAAGUACCAGCCUGAGAAGGACCCCAACAUGCCAAAGGAGCGCACCAACCUGGAUCAGCUCGUGGUAGACAUGCUGAACGUCAACCACACGACCAGGAUCAGCCUGCCGGAGGCCAGACAACGCUUGCGCCGCAUUAUCGAAUUGCAAGAACCAAAGCAGGAGGUCCUCGAUAUGAUUCACAAGACUCCAGCAGAGCGGGGCCUCAGCAACACGCUUCCUGAUUGCAUCAACGUCCCGACAGAAGAAGAGACCAGGGCAGAGGAGGACGAAGAAGAACAGGAGGAGGUGGAUUUGCUGGCGGCUGGUGGAGCUCGUCCCGGUGCCAAGGGGGAUUCGGUGGAUGAUGAGGUUUGCCGCGGAAAACCCUGGAACGCAGAAGGCGGGCUGGAUGGAGUUCAUCAAGAUAUCCAAGCGUCGAAGUCAAAGUGUCCGGUGGGCGCUUUGUGGUGGUUCCAGCAGGUUUUAUUGCCAUGCUAUAUAUAG